AUGUCUGUCAAAGGUAUAAGAUCUACCCCUCAGGAUACAUCCACCAACAACUUCACAACUAUUAACAAGCCAUAUACAACUAUGACCGAAUCACUAAACCUACCACUUUCAGAAUUGGACCCUGUACACUAUCAGAGGCUUGAAGAUGACUAUUCAGCAUCACUCGCCAGGGAAUUAGGUCGGCCACCUCCAAUCAUCAACAACCCGCUUAGACUGUGUGGCCUCUCGAUCGACCACAAUCUCUUGCACCUAGAUGAUAGUAGGAAGAACCAUCUCCUUACGAUACACCUUCAGGGCCAUCAACAGUGGCUAGGCUACCUGUCUUGGAGACCAGAAGACGAGCAUCUUCACCCGUUUUGCGGUCUCGAAUGCCGAGGACUAGACCCACCUAACUUGAAGAGGCCUUGGCAUGUAGACAGUAAGAGUGGGGGUGUUGAGUCAACGGAGACCACCAGCGAGGGAACGAUGGAAUGGUCACCUACUGACGGUGUCGAUGACUACCGAGUUUAUCCCAGACGCCAAAUUUUACCUGAGCUCAGAGACCUAUCUGCUGACGACGUUAAGGAAAGACGCAUGCUGUAUCUCGACCCGGAAUCUCAUGAUCCGCGACAACACCCCCCGAAAGGUUGGGGACUACGUCCAUUGUGCCCAGCUACAAUCGAGCAAGGUUUCUCAGUCCUGGAAUACUGGCAUGUAGAAGAACGACAUUCACUCCACUACAUCAUGCUCCGUAAAUUCUCUGGAGACCACAACAUGGCACACAAGGAGGCACACCAGGAGGCCAGAAAUCGCGUCUUAGAAUAUUACUUCGAAGCGAAGAGACAGGCUAGCAGCGAGGAAACCACGGGACGGUCACCUACUGGAAGUGAUGACGCGUCCAGCCACCUAACAACUCAGGCUGAAGCUGAAACUGAAACUGGUAUGGAUAUAGAUUUACCAGAACCUACUGACGAAGAAGCUACUCAGACCCUAGUCGGUAGCAUAUCUAGCAAUGAGGUGAACAGUGAGCCUCAGGGAUUGAUACAGAGGUCUAAGAAACGUCAUUUUGAUGAUGACUAUGACAACUAUGAUGAAGCGAAUAAGCGAGCAAGAUUUGCAUAUUACUGA